ACAUUUAUCAAUAAUUUCAAGGCUCUUUUCCAUUUUAUUGUAUAAAUUUUUCUAAGUUAAUAUUGUCUCUGUUUCUAUUACCUAAUCCUAAACUCUUGUUUUUUCCGUAUUUUUUUAUUAUAAAACGCGCGAAAUAAGCAUCAAUCCAAGUGAAUAUAGUUUACACACCUUUUGGCAAGUGAAUUAAAAUGGCAAAUCCAACAGUUGGUCACAUGGACUCCGUUGAUGAUGAGCUCGAAGCUGAGUCCAAUUACAAACCUCCCCCUGAAAAAACUAUUGAACAAAUUUUAGAAGCUGAUAAGGAAGAUGAAAGUUUAAGAAAAUACAAAGAAGCUCUCUUGGGGGAUGCGAAAUCUGGAAACGUCAUUGUUGAACCUGACGAUCCAAGAAAAGUGAUAGUGAAGAAACUUAUACUUCGAGUUGUUGAUGGACCGCAAAUGGAAUUGGAUCUUACUGGAGAUUUGUCUAAACUUAAGAAACAAACCUUUGUUAUAAAAGAAGGAGUCAGUUAUAAAAUUCAAAUUGAUUUCAUCGUACAACGAGAAAUUGUACAUGGACUUAAAUACGUACAAAAGACAUAUCGUCUUGGUGUUCCUGUUGACAAAAUGACGCAUAUGGUAGGAUCUUAUCCUCCAAAAAUGGAAAUUCAAUCAUACGUUACUCCAUCAGAAGAUGCACCUGCAGGUGUUGUAGCAAGAGGUUCUUACACCGUUCAGUCUCUCUUCACCGAUGACGAUGAAAACGAACACCUGAAGUGGGAAUGGUCCUUUGAUAUUAAAAAGGAUUGGAAAUAAAGUACCCUUCUCUAAAUUUACUUACAACAACGACCAAAAUAUUCGCCUUAAACAAUUUAAAUUAAGGAUGAUUAAAUGCCAAACAAAUUUUCGAAAAAAUGUUACUGGUUCUUAGAUAAAGACAGUAAUGCCAUCAUUAAAAAAGAAGUAAAUGUUUGUUUAGUAUUCUUUUUUUCUGUUUUGUUAUCAUGAAUGAUAUCAGAAAUUGUCUUCUUCAGAAAAUCUACUGCUUUUAAACAAUUUGUUUUAAGUACGAAAGCUUAAGUUCAUACCAAAUAAUUAUUCAAUUAUAAAUAUUGUUUACUGCAACAUUUAAAAAAUCGCAGUAUUACCAUAAUAAUUGUGUAACUCAAUUUGAUGCGACAGACGAGGAGUAUUGCAUUUUUGGAAACAUGUUUUCAAAGCUGUUAUAUUAUAAAACAUAAUAAUACUUUUUAGUUAUUGUAAUAACUUGAAGUUAAAUAGGCAGCAUAAAACCCCAGGUAGACAACUUUUGUUGCUAUAUAAGAAUAAGCAAAACAAUUUGUUCAGAGAAAGAUUUUUAAAUUUCGAUGCGAAUACCAGGGUAACCACAAGUCAGGGAAAUUUGGAAAAAGUUUUAAAAAAUUUUGUAUUUAGUGAAAACUGAAAUAUCGUAGAAAAACACGUUUUUCUAAUUUCAAAUUAGAUUUCAAUUAUAAAUCAUUAAAUUUAAAAAAAAUUGUUAUGGAAAGUUUUUUAAUGUGAGGAAAAUUAAAAAAUUUAUUCUUGUGUCAACCCUGGAAUAUAUAUAAAGCAAAACAUGUAUGUACAAAGUUAAAUAUAUGCAAUUAAUUUAUAGAAAGUCAUUUUAAUAUCGUAUCUUUGAAAAAAAUAUUACGAAUUGAUUUGAUUUCAAAUUAAAAUGUUUUUCUUCCAAAAAAGCCUACUUUUUUUAAAUGCCUUUUUUCAUGAAAAAGUUUUUUCUUAAUAUUUUUCUUAUGCUUUUAGAAUAAAAUAUUGAGUCUUAUGAAAAAGAAAAUAUGAAAAGUACUUCCUAACGCACUCACAAAAAAUACGGUUCUUUUAAAAAUUAUAUUGCCCUUUAAAAUAGUCGUUUACUAUCAAAAAUUGUCUUCUAUAAAUAAUUUUUAUUAUUGAUGAAAGUACACCAAUUGCUAAUUUUUGGCUAAAAAAAACAUUCUGAUGCAUAUUCAUUUUUAAAACUGAAUUGGAAUAAAUAAUUGUCAAUUAAAACUUGAGUCUUUAUGUUGCCAGUAAUUUGUUAUGCGAGUGUUUUGUAAGAUGAAUAAGUUUUAAUAAUUUUUUUCUUGAUAAAUGAGGUCUUGUAUAGAAAAUAAUAAUUGUAUUAAAAAUUUUUUUUGGAAAAUACAAUUUUUGAAAUGAAAGAUGUGAUGAAAAAAAAAUUUUUGAAUUCAUGUACCUGAAAUAUAUUAUUUCUAAUGAGAAAAUUCAUUUUAACAUACCAAUUAUGAUAGCAGUUUGAAGCUAUACCGUAAUAGUUACAAGCAAAAUAGAAUAUGCAUUUUUUCAAAGAGAAUUAUACUUCCAAUAUAUAACUAACAACGAAUUUACAAAUGUCAUUGUAGUUUGUAAUUAAUAUGCAAAAGAUUUGGUAUAAAGCGUUGAUAAAAAUGAAGAUUUGUAUAGAAUUGUCUCUUAAGUAUGGGAGAUAUAAUUUUUUGAAAAUAUUUACGUUCUUUUAAAAAAUUUGUGUUAUAAUUCUGGGAUAAACUAAUCUCAAUACUAAUAGAUAGUAUUAAAUUUCUAAUUUACAUUUACAAGUAACGUUAACUAUUAAUGUAGUUAUAAAAUGUUCAUUGUGUAUGUAUAUACAUUUUGUAUAUGUGCAUGUAUGAAAAUAUGAAAAUAGAAAACAUUCUUUUUAAAUGAAGUAAAAAGUGUAAUUAUAUGAAUAUUACAAAUACACAUGUGUGACUGUAUAGUAAACUAUAAGAAUAGUUUGAUCAAAAUAAAAAUUUUUUAAAAAUA